GAUCACUCUCCUUCGAGCUUUCAUCUUGGGAUGGGACUUGCUGCAGACCUAUCCUCGCAAUGGAUCAAAGUAUCUGAACCAAUACCACACGUUCUCCAUGUUGAGCUAUCCAGAAAGCCCGUGAACGCAUUCCCUGCAGAAUACUGGCAAGCAUACGGUGCUCUUUUUACAAGGCUGGCAAGGGAAGGAAGAGACGUUCGCGCCGCUGUAGUCUCGUCCGCCUUGCCUAAAUUGUUCACCGCCGGCAUUGACUUCGCUUCCGCUGCCGAUAUAACUCAGGGAGGUCUCUCUGGUGUCCAGCAAGUUGAUGAUGCGCGCGCCUCCCUCUCGCUACACGGUGACAUCCAGGAAUACCAGCGCGCCAUCGGCUCCCCCCAGCUCUGCCACUUCCCGGUCAUCAUUGCGGUCCACGGACUUGUUCUGGGGCUCGGCGUCGACUUUGUCUCCGCAUGUGAUAUCCGGUAUGCUGCAGAAACCGCGCAGUUCAGUAUCAAAGAAGUCGACAUUGGGCUGGCGGCAGAUGUAGGCAGCCUCUCCUUCCUCCCCAAAGUCGUUGGCAACCACUCGAUGCUGCACGAACUGGCCUACAGCGCCAAAAUGUUCAACGCUGAAGAUGCCCUCCGGAUGGGUCUUAUUUCUCGCGUAGUCCCUGGCGGCCGCGAUGAGGUGAUCCAUGCGGCACUCGAACUGGCUGGCAUCAUUGCGACAAAAAGUCCCAUUGCGGUGUCCGGGACCAAAAGGAUAUUAAUUCACUCGCGAGACCACAGUGUCCCGGAAAAUCUCGACUAUGUUGCUGCAUGGAAUGCAGCAGCGUUGCGCACUCAGGACAUUCCAGAGGGCCUGCGUGCCUCACAGGAGAAGCGACGAGCCUCGUUUGCGCCCCUCAGGAAACCAACCUCCAAACUAUAA